CAGUGUCGGACCAAAUUCUCCCGCCGACGAAAGAAAUGCAGAAUCAGAACGACAUUCGGAAUCUCCCUAUCCACAUCACCUUCUUUCGUCUCGGAGGUUGCCAUCUUCCAUUUCCCAGCUAAUUCAGUUUGUUUGAGUGCUCAAGUGAUGGGAUUUUUUUGCUGCCAUGAUUGUCGACUUGGAUUGUUUGUUUCUCCACUUGGAAUUAUGGAAGAAUGGCUGGUUGAUCGGAAGAGGAUACUUGGAGGUCACUUAUCAUUGACAUUCUCAUUUCAGAGGUUGGUUACUUGGAGGUCAGAAAGAUUUACGAAAUCCUCUCCAAGUCCACUCCAGAGAGCGGAUAUAUAUUUGGGCGGCUAUCAGGUCCUGCUGUAAGGCACUCAUCUUUCUGCCGAUGCUCUCUUUUCUUUGUCAGCCUUCUCAAUUGCUGAAAAUGACCAUAUAUUCCAUGGUGAUACUGAUGCAGCCCAAACAAUAAUCCAAAAUGUGACUUACGAAAUGUCAGACUACAAUCUUCUGCUCUCAAUUUGCUGAAGAAGAAUAUUUAGACUCUUCAUCUUUGUGAUUUGAAUGACUGAUUACUUCUGCUCUAAACUAUUAUGAGUGCAGCUUUAUCGGCAGCUAAAUAUGUGGAGUCUUGUCAAGAGCUUGGAAUGCAGGUCUUGCAGUAUAUAGUCCUGAAUGUUCCCCAUUUUUUAUUCACAAUGGACUCAAUCGUUACCUUUUGAUUCUGCAGGGAAACAAUGUGAGGUUUGAACUCCUAGAGACUGCAAAUCUCUCCCAAGCACAUUCAGCAAGAUUUUGGAAGUUAUAAAUGGUGAAAAUAUGUCAAGAGCAAUUGAUUAUUAUUCUGAUUUUGUCAGGGUUAUUCACACCGAAAAGGAUAAAUCUUCAGCAGCUGUCUUGUCUAGCUUGAGGGAUAUCCGUGACAAUCCUCCCUCCCUGCAUGUCUCUGCUUCCCAUGAGACCUUAUUGUCUGGAAACCCUGAGUUGAAUGCUAAUAGACUGACAGAUUCAGAAGGAGAAAUUGAUGGUGGUGCUGCAGAUAACAUUAACUGGGAUAUUUCUGUUGACAGUACUCGGAUUGACUGGGAUAUUGGCACUGUUGAAGAGACAUCAUAUGAUGGUGGAAAUGGUUUGGGUCCUUAUGAAAUAGUAGAUGCCAGUGAAAUCUUGCAGGAUCCUUCAAGAAAUGAAGAUGUAGAAUCUGGUCAACAUCCAAAUUUGACUGCAUCAGAAAUAUCUUGGGAUGUUUGUGUGGAGAAGCCUGAGGUUGAUGUCAUAGAUGAUGAUAAUCCUUCCAACUUGGGAGCGGGGCAUCAGAUAUAUGCUGCAGAUUACUCUGCUGACACGGUAACUGGGAAGACAGGAGUCAGCUCUUAGAGACGGAAUACAGAAAUAAAAUUCUUGAUGAUUUGAAUGAGGUUGAUCUUGUGAAUUUCAUGCCCAUUGAGUAGCUUCUGGGCAUGUUUUCCCAUUUCCGGUCUUUUCUUAUUUCCCAGUAAAGUUUUUUAUAAGCUCCCACCUUAAUUGUAUGCUUUUCGAAUUUGAUAGGUGAAAGCAUUUUUGAGCCAAUGAGUGGCAGAGUUGAAGACCGGAGAGAAUCAAUCUUUGCAACACCAAGUCCAGUCAGUUUCCCCCUUGCUGCUGCAGCAGUAUACCUCUGACGCCAUUGAGAUGAUGCUAUCCGACAUUUCUUCAACCAUAUCAUUUGUUACCAAUAGGAAAACCCGGGACUUGAUCAUGGUUCUGAACUCCAAAUGGUGCUGCUCUGAACUGCAUUUUUUUUUUGUUUGAUCUUCUGUUAUUUACUACAAUAACAUUUUCAUAAGUUUUAGGACGAAGAAAACUGAAACAGCUUAAAAUAUCUGGUAGGUGGCGUGAUUGAACUUGUAAUGACUAGUCAGGAAUUACUUGGAUUGAAAUAGACGAAUAUCUCUGCUCUGCAUAACCUGGUCAGUGAUCGUGAGAGGGCUAUAGUGUUUGCGUUGGUUGUAACUCAAGUAAGUGGUGGGUGGUUUGGGAACUUUCAGGUUUUUGGACAGACUGGUUAGUAGUUUGGAAGAGAAGAAACAUCAUGAGUCCAAGCUAAAAGAAGGACUGAAAGACUUGGCUAUUAAACGCUUGGAGCUUCACAAUUCUUUGUCCUCUUUAUGGCCAAAGCAGGUAAAGUGUUAUAUUCCGGAACUUGUUGCAUGGGAGUGAGCUCGAGAAAUGAUCGAAUUCCCGGAAUAUACUCUACUCUGAGCACUUUUAUCUUGGUUCUGUUUAUUGCAGGAAUCAGCUCUUGCCAAAACGAGCGAGUUGAAGAAGCUUUGUGAGGGCACACUGUCCUCCAUGUUUGAUGGGAGACCCGUUAAUAUAAUCGGAGGGAUCAAUGCUUUGCUCAGCAGCGGCGUUGGGGCAUAGUUGUAGCAAGGGGAAAUGUCGAAAUCAAUGGUGGACUGAAUGGAGGCGAACUAUGAGUUUCAGCUAUCUUAGAAGAACACACAUUUUGUGGCUCAUCUGUUUCAAGUAGGAUAUUGACAACCUUAUGUUGGAUUUCUAAAUCCAAUGGCUGAGCUACUGUUAUCCAACCACGAUAAGAAAUUGUGAAACCUUAC